AUGAGCUCUGUCCAAGUUGGCUUCAUCGGCCUCGGGGCCAUGGGCCUGGGAAUGGCAUGCAAUCUUCUGAAGAAGAAGGAGUACUUGGUUAAAGGAUAUGAUGUCUUCCCACCAAGUGCUGCAAAGCUUGCGGCUCAGGGCGGUCACACAUCCCAGACACCAAAACAAGCUGCCGAGGGCAGCCAAUUUCUCAUCAUCAUGGCUGCCAACGUACAGCAAGUAGAAGAGAUUCUCUUCCACCAAGGAGAUGGAGCCCUUGCAGGCCUGCCGACUGGCGCCAUAAUCCUCAUCUGCUCAACAAUACCACCAACAUUCUACGACUCAAUUACCGCUCGGUUAUCGGAAGCCGGUAGACCAGACGUGCUUCUAGUAGACUGCCCCGUCUCUGGCGGAACGAAGCGCGCUGCUGAGGGAACCUUGACCAUCUUCGCCUCAGGAAGCCCCGAGAGUUUGAAGCGAUCAGACCAGCUGCUGCAAUCAAUGUCCGAGACACUGUGCACUAUUGAAGGCGGUAUCGGCGCUGCAAGUAAGAUCAAAAUGGUCAACCAGCUCCUUGUGGGCAUUCACAUCGCCGUCGCGGCUGAAGCCAUGGGCCUCGCCGCAAAGGCCGGCCUCAACACCCGAGAGGUCUACAAAAUCAUCACCACUGCUGCCGGCAACUCCUGGGCAUUCGAGAACCGCGUGCCGCAUAUGCUUGAUGGGGACUGGAACCCUCUGUCCGCUCUCGAUAUUUUUGUCAAAGAUAUGGGUAUUGUCGUGUCAACGGCUCGGACGCUCCAGUUCCCUCUCCCCCUUGCGUCAACAGCCGAGCAGCUAUACAUCUCAGGCUCCGGCCAGGGCUACGGGACUGAAGAUGAUGCCGGACUAGUCCGUGUCUUCUUGCCUGGGUCACCAGAUGCCGUCAAGGCACAAGCAUCACAAACGGUGGAUCGCGAGGUUCUCACCCCUAGCACCACGCCGCUUGAGAUCUUGACCAUUGGCAUGAUUGGGUUGGGGGCGAUGGGACAAGGCAUGGCCUCAUCACUAGUCCGUGCCGGGUUCAAGGUGCGCGGCUAUGAUGUCUUCAGCCCGGCUGUUGACAAGUUUGCCGCAAACGGAGAAGAUGCCAUUCCCGCCGCAUCGCCUGCCGAGGCAGCUAAAGGAGCCGACGUCCUUGUCCUGAUGGUUCAGAAUGCGCAACAGGCCGAGGACGUUCUUUUUGGAUCUGGUGCAGCAGCCGAAUCUCUCCCAGAUAACUCGAUCGCGGUGCUUUGCUCGACCGUCCCUCCUUCUUUUGCUCGCAGACUUGAGCUUCGAUUGAACGCGCUUGGGCGUGGGAUCAGACUUGUUGAUGCGCCUGUCAGCGGCGGUGUUGCUAGGGCUGCGAACGGGACACUUGCGAUUAUGGCCUCCGGAGAUGAUGCAGCCAUCGACAAUAUCAACGGACCCCUUGCUGCCAUGACGGGCCUGCCCGACAAUCUUCACAGAUUACAGGGGGGCGUUGGCGCUGCAUCGUCUGUCAAGAUGAUCAACCAACUCCUUGCAGGAAGUCACAUCGCCGCAGCCGCAGAAGCUAUGGCAUUCGCAGCCCGCCUCGGACUUGACACAAGACAAGUCUUUGAACUUCUUGGCCAUGCAGCAGCCUGGAGCUGGAUGUUGGAGAACAGAGUUCCUCAGAUGCUUGAUGCAGACUGGACACCGCAUUCUGCCUUGGCCAUCUUCGUCAAGGACCUCUGGAUCGUGCUGGACGAGGCGAAGCGGCUAGGAUACUUUGCGCCCAUGUCUUGUGCUGCUCAUAACCUGUACCUAUCUGGAGCAGCGCAUGGGUGGGCAAAGGAGUCUGACGCUGGCAUUGUCAGGCUGUGGGAGCUGACAGGCAUCUCCGUUGCGUCAAGCGCCAGAGGUGAGGAGAAGUUGGAAAACGGUCCUCCAGGGCGGCUGCCGGCGCUGGAGACGAUCAAUGCGCUCCCACCAGCUCUCUCUGACAACGUCAUCGAAACUAUCCAGAGCGUUGUCCACAAAAGACAAGUCCCUGUGCUUGUUGUGCUUGACGACGACCCGACAGGAACGCAGACGUGCCACGACAUCAAUGUCCUCACAGUAUGGGAUGUUGACACGCUUCAACAGGAGUUCAGCCUCAACCCUACGGGCUUCUUCAUCUUGACCAACUCGCGCUCCCUUCCCUCCGUCGAAGCCAGAGCUCUGGUGACUGAGAUCUGCCAGAAUGUCAGGAUCGCUGCCGAGAAAUCACAGAAGGCGUUCGAAGUUGUGCUUCGCGGGGACUCUACUCUCCGUGGACACUUGCCUGAGGAGCCAGAAGCUGCAGAAGAAGCUCUCGGUUGCUUCGAUGGGUGGAUUAUUGCCCCAUUCUUCUUCCAAGGAGAGCGGUAUACUAUUGACGACGUCCACUACAUCAGAGAAGAUGGCAUGCUGGUGCCCGUGAACCAGACACCUUUUGCCCAAGAUGCAACGUUUGGAUACAAAAACGCCAACUUGCGUCAGUACGUCAUGGAGAAGUGCGGUGAUCGUUUCGACGAGUCUUGCUUUAUCUCAAUCACACUUGAGGAUAUCCGUCUGGGAGGUCCUGCAGGGGUAGCCAAGAAACUACUCUCCGUCGAGACUAGCUCCAACCGCGUCUUCAUUGUCAACGCAGCAGCCGAGUCAGACAUGCAUGUCUUCGUGGCGGGUCUGUUGGACGCUGAGAAGAGAGGAAGGCGAUACCUCUACCGUACCGCAGCAGCCUUUGUCUCGUCGCGGCUGGGGAUAAAGAGCAUCCAGCCGCUAACUCUCAAAGACCUCGGUGUAUUGACAGACACCCCAAACUCACCGGGCGGCCUAAUCGUCGCUGGGUCUUAUGUACCAAAGACCACGGCGCAGCUGGAAGUUCUGAGAGCGCGCAGGGGGGACAAACUUACUGUGCUAGAGUUAGACGUCGGAGAGCUGAUUACUUCCACAGAGGUGGCAGAUGCUGUGGUCAAGGUUGCGGCCGAGCAAGCAUCGGCCAAGAUCACCGAAGGCCACGACGUCCUGGUGAUGACUUCAAGGUCGCUGAUCAAGGGCAUCGACGCUCUUGGCUCCCUCCGCAUUGGAUCACAGGUCGCAAAAGCCCUGGUGCAAUUCGUAGAGGCCAUCGACGUGAGACCACGAUACCUGAUCGCCAAGGGGGGCAUCACAUCCUCGGAUGCAGCGACCAAGGGCUUAAAGAUGAGACGGGCAAAGAUUCUUGGCCAAGCUGCUCCGGGUGUCCCGUUGUGGAGGUGUGAUGAGGAAACAAGCCGGCAUCGAGGGGUUCCUCAACGACAGUGCGACAUUAGCGACGUCACACUUGAGAGGUUGGUAUAA